UGUAACUUCGUAACGCUACCUGUGAGAGAGGAGAGCAGAGACGAAGUCGAAGCAAAGAACAAAAGUACGAGUCGGGUGUCCGCCGAACGAACGCCUCAAUCCUCCUUCCGUCAAAUUCUUCGUGCGGUGGUCUCCUUUGUCGUGGAGUGAUCAAAUAACGAUAGUUGAGAGAGAGAGAGAGAGAUAUAUCAUUAGAAGAGGGAGGCAUAAGGAAGUAGAGGGGGGAUGUCGGUGAUUCCCCUCCUGCUCCUGGCCGGGGCGGUGACCGCGCUCCACCUCGCCGGGGCCGGAGCGGGUUUCCCGGCGAAGCUGAUUCUGGAGAGGGCAGUGCCGGUGAGAGGGGCCCCAUUGGAGCAUCUCCGAGCCCGUGACGGCGCUCGCCAUGGCCGGCUCCUCCUGGGCUCCUCUUCUUUGCCGGCCGCUGGGGUGGUGGAUUUCCCCGUUGACGGCUCUGCGAAUCCGGCGAUCGCCGGGCUCUACUUUAGUCGAGUUAAAUUGGGCAACCCUGCGAAGGAAUUCUACGUUCAGAUUGACACUGGGAGCGACAUCUUAUGGGUAACCUGCAGUUCCUGCACCGGAUGCCCAACUUCAAGUGGGCUUAAUAUCCAACUGGAGUUCUUUGAUCCUGAUAAGUCAUCCACAUCUACGACCAUAACCUGUUCUGAUGAUCGGUGCUCCUAUGCCCUCCAAAGUGGACAGGCAUUAUGCUCCAGCUCUGAUUUUUCGAGUUCACUAUGUGGUUACUCUUUCCAGUAUGGUGAUGGGAGUGGCACUUCUGGGUAUUAUGUAUCUGAUAUGAUGUACUUCGACACAGUUUUGGAGAAUGAGCAAUUUUUAAAUUCUUCAGCCACAAUUGUUUUUGGAUGUAGCAACUCGCAGUCUGGAGAUUUGACCAAGUCAGAUAGGGCAGUUGAUGGGAUUUUUGGUUUCGGACAGAACGACUUGUCUGUCAUUUCGCAGCUCUCCUCUGCUGGGAAUUUUCCUAAGGUUUUUUCUCAUUGCUUGAAAGGAUCAGACAAUGGUGGAGGCAUAUUGGUUCUCGGAGAGAUUGUAGAACCGGGUAUUGUCUAUACCCCACUUGUUCAAUCACAGCCUCACUACAACUUAAAUCUAGAGAGCCUUGCUGUCAAUGGGCGGGAACUAGCUAUUGACUCCUCACUAUUUGCAACAUCAAAUACACAGGGCACCAUUGUUGAUUCAGGGACCACACUUGCUUACCUUGCGGAAAAAGCAUAUAUUCCUUUUGUUAAUGCAAUACUUGCAUCUCUUCCAUCUUCAGUACAUUCCUUUGCUCUUAGAGACAACGUGUGUUUUGUUACAUCUGACAGUGUUGAUGAAUCAUUCCCUUCUGUCACAUUGAAGUUUAUGGGUGGUGCGUCCAUGUUGAUAAAGCCUGAGGACUAUCUUUUACAGCAGGGGUCUAUUGAUAAUUCUAUCAUAUGGUGUAUUGGCUGGCAAAACAACAAGGGCUCAGGAAUAACGAUACUAGGGGACCUUGUUCUCAAGGAUAAGAUAUUUGUUUAUGAUUUAGCUAAUCAACGCAUUGGUUGGAUGAAUUAUGACUGCUCUCAAUCUGUCAAUGUUAGUACAGCUUCUGGUAAGAACGAAUACCUAACCGCGGGGCAGCUGGAUGUUAGUGGAUCUUCAGACUCUGUAUUCUCCAAGCUGCUAUCAAGCAACAAUUUAUUGAUCCUAAUUUAUAUCUUUAUUAUUGCUAGUUUAUAGCAAACUGAAGCAUACAUGUUAUGACCAUUCUUUAUUGUUGUAAUCAAGGGUUAUAGAGUCACAAUCAACAUUGAUGUUGUUUCUCAGGUCCUUCUUCCUGUAAUGUACAGAUUUCAUUCCUUACUAUUUCUUCAUCUCCAUAACUCAUCAUUUAUUUUUUCA